AUGACUCUCUCCAUCACACAGGUACGCAAAUUUGACUGUCAAUACUGCCCCACUCACAGGGGUACGCCGGUGACCCGGGUGACCGCCACGGACGCCGACGACCCCGUCUACGGGAACAGCGCCAAGCUGGUCUACAGUAUCCUGGAGGGACAGCCCUAUUUCUCCGUGGACCCCAACUCUGCCACCAUCAAAGUGGCUCUGCACGGGAUGGACCGGGAGAUGAGGGAGGAGUACCUGGUGGUCAUCCAGGCCAAAGACAUGGGCGGUCACAUGGGUGGUCUGUCAGGGACCACCACGGUCACGGUCACGCUCACAGACAUCAACGACAACCCGCCCAAGUUCUCCAAAAGUGUGUAUGAGUUUGUGGUGUCAGAGGAGGUGGGAGUGGGCCAGACCGGAGGCAGAGUGAAGGCCAUGGACAGAGACGUGGGAGACAACAGCAAGUCCCACUACAAGAUCCUGGAAGGAGACGACCAGGGAGUGUUUGACAUCAUCACUGAUGACCUCACUCAGGAGGGAAUCCUGCGACUCAGAAAGGCCAUCGACUUUGAAAGCCGGAGGACCUACACGCUGAAGGUGGAGGCCGCCAACCUGCACUCGGAGCCCGGCGGCGGGCCUUUCAAGGACACGGCCACCGUCAAGGUCACGGUGGAGGACGCCGACGAGCCGCCCGUCUUCGCCAGAGCACAUUACACGCUGCAGGUGCACGAGAACGCGCCCGUCAACACCGUCAUCGGCACGGUCAGCGCCAGGGACCCGGACACCAGCGGCAGCCAAGUCAGGUACCUAAUAGACCGCCACACGGACCUGGAGAGGCAGUUCAACAUCGACGGCGACGACGGCGAGAUCACGCUGGCCAAGGCGCUGGACCGGGAGACGGACAUGUGGCACAACAUCACCGUCACCGCCACGGAAGUCCGAAACCACAGCCAGGUCUCCAGGGCGGUGGUGGCUAUCAGGGUCAUGGAUGUGAACGACAACGCCCCGGAGUUCGCCACGGAAUACGAAGCCUUUCUGUGUGAGAAUGGAAAACCAGGACAGGUAAGAAAAAAAUUAAUGGUAUUUUUCUUCCCCUGGCGGUUUAUCCACCUUUUUUUUAUUCCCACCUUGUACAGAAAAUGAAAGAAAAACAGGGAAUUACAUUAAAAUUUUAGCGGAGGAACUGGGAGGGUUUUUUUUUUUUAGCAUUUAAUACAAUAACUCAUUAUAAAGUGCACUGUAAAUUU